AUGGAUGACGACGCCGAAACUUAUAAACUGUGGCGAAUUCGCAAAACCGUCAUGCAGCUAUGUCAUGAUCGUGGCUAUUUAGUAACUCAGGAUGAAUUGGAUCAAACAUUAGACCAAUUUAAGGAACAAUUUGGUGAUAAACCAAGUGACAAACGUCCAGCCAGAAGUGACCUUAUAGUUCUUGUAGCCCACAACGAUGAUCCCACAGACCAAAUGUUUGUGUUCUUUCCCGAUGAAGCUAAAAUUGGUAUCAAAACUAUCAAAACUUACUGUACAAGAAUGCAGGAAGAGAAUAUACAUAGAGCGAUUGUAGUUGUUCAAGCAGGAAUGACACCAUCAGCCAAACAGUCAUUAGUGGAUAUGGCUCCGAAGUAUAUUUUGGAACAAUUCCUGGAAUCCGAGCUUUUAAUCAAUAUAACAGAACAUGAAUUGGUUCCAGAGCAUAUUGUUUUGACACCUGAUGAGAAGCAGGAAUUGUUGGCUAGAUAUAAAUUAAAAGAAAACAUGUUAAUGAGAAUACAAGCAGGGGAUCCAGUGGCGAGAUAUUUUGGAUUGAAGAGAGGACAGGUCGUCAAAAUUAUAAGAUCUUCGGAAACAGCUGGGAGAUAUAUAUCAUAUAGAUUAGUUUGUUAG